UCGUGAUAAAAAUCUCAAUAUGUGCAAAGAGAGUGCGGUGUCAAAAAAAUAUGUAAUGAUAAAUUUCUUCCAAAAAUUUGUUAUAUUUCUUGUAAGCUGAUAAGACCACAAAAUGGCGUCCCGAACAUAUGGCGAUAAGCCUAUUAGCUUUCAGCUUGAAGAAAAUGGAGAGUGGUUUUGUAUUGGCUCUGAAGUUGGAAACUACCUCAGGUGCUUCCGUGGUUCGCUGUAUAAAAAAUAUCCAGGUCUGAGUCGCCGAAUGCUCAAAAAUGAUGAAAGAAAAAAGCUAGGAGAACUCGGGUUAAGUCAGCACAUUCAAACUUCAAACAUUUCACUACUAAGACAAUCAGAAGUGGAAGAAAUUAUCGAAGGGAAUGAUGAAAAGUAUAAAUCAUCAACCCUUGCCGUUCCCUCCAUGGACGCAGGUCCUGGAAAGGAUCCAAAAAUCAAGAAACCAGUGCAUUAUGUGCCGCCCUUACCUACAUCUUCGCAUUUGGACGCAGUCCCCCAAGCAACUCCGAUUCAAAGGUCUAAAGCAAAACGGGUCCCAAUGUUUCCAUUUUGCCUUGAGGAUCAAGAUGCGACUUCCAUGUCAAAUAAUGCAGCUGUGAAGGAACUAUUAGUGCCUAUAAGAUUAGAUAUGGAUAUAGAAGGACAAAAACUAAGAGAUACUUUCACUUGGAACAAAAAUGAAGCACACAUAACGCCAGAACAAUUUGGUGAAGUUUUAUGUCAUGAUUUGGAUCUAAAUGCACAGCACUUCGUCCCUGCAAUUGCACAGUCCAUAAGACAACAAUUGGAAUCCUUCCCCGUGGAUGCUGAAGAUCUCAUACGGCAACAAUCAGAUCAACGGGUUGUAAUCAAGCUCAAUAUUCAUAUCGGAAAUGUGUCACUUGUUGACCAAGUUGAAUGGGACAUGUCUGAAGUGCAAAACUCACCGGAAAAAUUUGCAACCCGCUAUUGUUGUGAAUUAGGUCUUUCUGGAGAGUUUAUAACCGCUGUUUCAUACUCUAUUCGUGGUCAGCUAUCCUGGUUUCAGAAGACCUAUGCCUUCAGCGAUAAACCUCUCCCAACAAUUGGCAUGCCUUUCAGACAUCCAUCCGAAUGUGAGGGGUGGGCCCCAUCGAUUGAAAUAUUGAGUGAAAGUGAGAUGGACAAGAAAAUUCGCGAUCUUGACCGAAACACAAGGCGAAUGCGGAGGCUUGCGAAUACUGGCACUCCUGCUGGUUGGUAAAUAAAAUUCGAGAAAAGCUAACUAACUCGGCGACAAUCUUAGUAUCCGAUAAUUAUAUCUACAUGAACUGUGACUAUUGUUACGUCGUUGACAAUCAGCAGGUGUUAUUUAUGCAUAUACCUCUGUCGGACUAGGUUUUCUUUAUUCUUUACAUUUUAUUUGUUUUAUAUUUUUGACAGGUUAUUAUAAUAUUAUAAUGGCUUCAAGCAAAGAAAUCUGUGUAAAGCUCUUUUAAACAUCUUAGGUUAAUUUCAUUAUGUUACUUAAGUAUGCAUACAUAUGCAUUAUUGCUAUGUUCUGUGGGAAUAAUAAUUGUUAUCCAAAAAUUGAUUUUUGAAAUAUAAA